AUGUUCCGUUUUCUGCUGUCACUUGAGCAAGAGGAGGAGAUUAUCCGUGAUGAGCUUCUAGCAUGUAAUACUGGUCAAAUGAUCAUUUCAGAAAGUCAGCAACGUGAAUUUGAAACGGUAGUCUCCUGUUGGAUCUGUGGUGAAGCGUUGGGUAGCGAUCGUGUACGUGACCACUGUCACAUCACCGGUGUUUACCGUGGUGCAGCACACAACCAUUGUAACCUGAACAUGCGGAUUGAGCCAUUAAAGAUCAAGAUUCCUGUGAUCUUUCAUAACUUGAAGGGAUACGAUUCUCAUCACAUCAUAUCUGCCAUUGGGAGAACGUCCAUUGAUGAGAUUACGUAUGUGAACGAGAAAGGACAAGAACGGACCAAGCGUCUCGGUGCUAUCAACGUGAUUCCCAUCAACAGUGAAAAAUAUGUCACAUUCGGAUGGAGACAGUUCCAGUUCAUCGACAGCCUGGCAUUCUUGAACACCUCCCUAGACCGGUUGGUUUCGGCUACACCACCAGAUGCAUUCGCCCUUCUAUCCGCACGAUUUCCAGACGAGGAUGAACGCAAACUGUUGACACGAAAGGGUGUCUACCCGUAUGAAUAUAUGGGGUCGUACGACCAAUUCGAAGAAACGCGUCUACCACCCAAGGAUGCAUUCCACUCAACGCUAACGAACACGGGUAUCAGUGAUGAAGACUAUGCCUAUGCGCAAACAGUAUGGACUGCGUUUGACUGUGAAGAUCUAGGAGACUAUCACGACCUCUACCUGGAGACUGAUGUGCUGCUGUUGGCUGACGUUUUCGAAAACUUCAGAAGAACUGCUCACGCAACCUAUGGAUUGGAUCCCGCUAAUUACCUCACCUUACCGGGAUUUGCCUGGGAUUCGCUGCUGAAAAUGACGAAGGUGUCCCUUCAUCUCAUUUCCGACAUUGACAUGUUCAACUUCAUUGAGCAUGGCAAAAGAGGUGGCAUAAGCAUGGUGUCCGCUAGACACGCCACCGCCAACAACAGAUAUCUAUCGGAGUACAAUCCAGACGAGCCGUCAAGCUUCAUCCAAUAUUUAGAUGCGAACAAUCUAUAUGGAUGGGCCAUGUCUCAACCCUUGCCCGUGUCGGACUUCUGCUUUGAAGCAGUGACGGAUGACCUUCUGGAGACGGUACUCGAUCAUCCAAUGGACUCUUCGACGGGAUACAUGGUGGAGUGCGAUUUAAGGAUUCCAGAUGGUGUGCAUGACAUGAUGAAUGAUUAUCCGUUGGCUCCUGAGCAGAUGAAGGUGACACGAGAUAUGCUUUCUCCAUAUCAGACCCACAUGGCAGAGAAACUAAUGUUGAUGAACAAUGCUGUAUAUGGCAAGACCAUGGAAAACGUUCGAAACAGAGUAAACAUCAAGCUCAUUCGUGAACAGGAUGAAAAACCACGUCUCCAGAAAAGCAUCAACAAACCUUCGUACAUCCGCAGUGUAACCUUUGAGAACGAUCUGAUAGCAAUCGAGUUUGCCAGGACAAAGGUGACUCUCAAUAAACCUAUUUAUGUGGGUACAGCCAUCCUCGAUCUGUCGAAGCACUUGAUGUAUUCCUUUUACUAUGAAGUUCUCCUACCCCGCUAUGGACAAAAUGUACGUUUGCUCUACACUGAUACUGAUAGUCUGAUCGUACAUAUUCAAACGGAUGAUCUGUACACGGAUAUGUCAAACAACAUAACAGCCUAUGACACAUCCAACUAUUCACCAUCCCACCACCUGUACAGCACGGUCAACAAGAAGGUGGUAGGGAAGUUCAAGGGCGAACUAGGUGGCAAACCCAUCAAGGAGUUCAUUGGUUUGCGGAGCAAGAUGUACGCAUACCGCUGUGAAGACAACGACGACAAUGGCAAGCGUGCCAAAGGUGUGCAGAGAAGCGUGUUGAAAAACACCAUAACCGUCGAUGAUUAUCGAACAUGUCUCGUCGAGGAGUCUCAGCUGAAGAGAACAAUGAAUGUUCUUCGAAGUCGACGACAUUGCAUUCACGGAGAGGACCUACACAAGAUUGCCCUCAGUGGAUUCGACAGUAAGCGCUACAUUCUGGAGGAUGGUAUCAACACCCUGGCAUUCGGACACAAGGAUAUUCCAAAGCACUGA